UUUUGUCUUGUGUUUCUCUGUUUUCUUUUUCAGUAACAGUAACUUGAAUUUGAAAGAUAUGGACAUCAAUGGAUUGCAUGAUGACUUGCUCGUGAAGAUAUUAUCGUUUCUUCCAACAGAAGUUGCUGUAUCCACUUGCGUUUUGUCUAAACGAUGGGAGUUUCUUUGGAUGUGGUUGCCUAAUCUCGAGUUCACACCUCUAAAAUACCCAAUGCCUGAAUUUUGGGAAUUUAUCAAUAAGAAGCUGCCGUUACAUAAAGCUCUAGUCAUUGAAACAUUGCGUCUCGACACAGCUUGGUCCUCAUAUACUAAACCUAAAGAUAUCAAACGGUUGAUUGAUAUCGCAGUUUCUCGCCAUGUACGUGAGCUGGAUAUUGAAUAUUAUUGUUCCAGGACUGAAAACCUUUUUCUACUUGAAACUGAGUCGUCUUCCACAAAUGGAAAAUGUCUUCAACAGCUUCUAUCUAAUUGUCCUGUUCUCGGAGAUCUCUCGGUGGAUUUUUCUUACAUUAGAACUUUAAGAGAGUUCACUAUUAUUGUCCCCUCUUUGCAGAGUUUAUCACUCUUUUUACAAGGUAAUUGGAAUUUAAAUAGGUAUGAGAUAGAUACUCCUUCUUUAAAGUAUUUGAAACUUGUGGAUUGGAAUAACGAGGGACACUACUCUUUGAUUAAGAAUAUGCCUAUGCUGAGGGAAGCAUAUGUCGAUAAUGAAUCAAUUAAUCCCAAGAGUGUUAUUGGAUCAAUCACAUCUGUCAAGCGUCUCACAAUAUGUUGUUCAGAGAUUAAGAAAGGGACGAAAUUGAAACUGAGCAAACAUAAAAACAAAAAUUGGAAAUCUGUCAGACCUUACUACAAAUUCGUGACUGAGCAGUGGACUAAGCGAUAUGAAAAUUUUAUCUGUGAAAUUGCUCGAGAUGGGGUGACGAGUGUUCCUGAGGGAGGAAGAGUUGCAAGUGGUGGAUAUUCUACUUGUCAUUCUUUUCAAAUUGAACCUGAGAGGCCUUAUUUGGUCGAAGAGUAUGAAGAGGCACAUAGCAGCGAAAUGGAGUGGGAGCUGCCGGAGGCGAGAGAUACUCCCUCCACUCAGGUUGAAAGACUUGAAGAGAAUCAGGUUACGAGUGUCCCUCCUCUGAGUGUUCAAGCAACAGAGGACUACGAAACUAUGGAGCCGGAGCGACCGGAGGUGACAGAUACUCCCUCCACUCAGUUUGAGGACUACGAAACUACAGAUACUCCCUCCACUCAGGUGACGACUGUCCCUCCUCGGAGUGUUCAAGUUACGACUGUCCCUCCUCGGAGUGUUCAAGUUACGACUGUCCCUCCUCGGAGUGUUCAAGCAACAGAGGACUACGAAACUGUGGUGCGGGAGCUGCCGGAGGUUGAAAGACUUGAAGAGAAUCAGGUUACGAAUGUCACUCAGAGUGAUCAAGCAAGUAAAGGAAGAGGAAAAAGGAUAAAGAAGCCAAAUGUAUUAUUUCAAGAUUUUGUCCUUCUAACACCUGGCGUGACUGUCAAGAAAGUGACUCGCAAGAAAGUGACUCGGAGAACCUGA